CCGUGCUCCACUUUCCGUUGCGAACCACCUGUAAACGCGAUUACGCAGUCCAAGCGAAGAAGAAGAAGAAAUCCUCUACACGCCAUUUUCGAGUUCUCAGCUUCCUCCCAUGUCUUCUCUCUAACCACCGUAGCUGGAUCCAGUAAACUUUUGAUAAGGGGCGACUUUGUUUGGUACUCCAUAUAAGAAAUGAAGUUUGGGAAGGAGUUCAAGAAACAGCAGGUGCCAGAAUGGGUAGAAGCAUAUGUGGACUAUAAUGGGCUUAAAAGGAUAUUGCAGGACAUACACCAUAUCAAAAAACUCAAACAACCUACAACUCCUGUACAACAGAAACACAGAUUCCGCAGGGCCUUCAGCGGCUUAAACCCGGAAACUAGUGCUGAAAAUAGUGGAGAUGUUGAGGAUCAAGUUAUAUCUGUGGAUACUGUACAAGAAAACUCCAUAGAGAUGUACCAUUCCAAGUUUCUGAAACCCCCAGAAGGAGGACAGAACGAGAUCAUGUUCUUCAAGAAACUUGACAAUGAGCUUAACAAGGUUAAUACCUUUUACAAUGAAAAGGUGGAGGAAGUGAAAAACGAAGCGGCAAUGUUGAACCAACAGAUGGAAGUAUUGCUUGCAUUGCGUAUCAAGGUGAUGAAUCCAGAUUCCGAUGCAUCUGCUUCUCUGCAACAGCUUUCUGUAGAUGAUAAUCAUUCAAUGCCCUCAAGAGAUACGAAGCAUAUAGCUUUGGCCCCAAGGGUGGAUCAUAGUCCUGAAAGAUUGUCAUCUGAUCAUUCCAAAUACAACCCUGCUACAGAAGGAAACACAGGUACAGAAAAUGAAGAACCACACCCCCUGGAAAUCCUUGAUCGUGUAAAGAUUGUUAAUACCUUCGAAACUCCAAUGUCUACAAUAAGAGGGGUUCUGAGAGAUUCUAAAGAAAAUGAUUUGAGGUUCAAGAGAGAAGAACUAAAGAAGGUUGAUCAAAGGUUGAAAAUAGCCUUUGUUGAGUUCUAUCGAAAGCUUCGCCUUCUAAAGAACUUCAGCUAUACAAACCUCUCAGCCUUUUCCAAGAUCUUGAAGAAGUAUGAAAAGAUUACGUCAAGAAGAGCUGCACGGUCAUACAUGAAAAUGGUGGAGAACUCUUAUCUCGGAAGCUCUGAUGAGGUUUCUGGUCUACUGGAUAGGGUUGAGUCCAUUUUCAUUAAACACUUCUCGAAUUCUAACAGAAGAAAGGGUAUGAAAAAAUUGAGGCCAAUGCCAAAGUCAGAAAAGCACCGAGUGACAUUUUUUUCAGGCUUCUUUUCUGGUUGCUCAAUUGCUUUGUUAGUUGCUCUUACUUUGCUAAGAGAUACCAGAAAGUUGAUGGAGGGUGAUUCCUCUUAUCUGGACAACAUAUUUCCACUUUACAGUUUUUAUGCAUAUAUCGUGCUGCACAUGCUUCUUUAUGCUGCAAACUUAUAUUUCUGGAGGCACUACAAAAUCAACUAUGCUUUUAUUUUUGGUUUCAAGCAAGGGACUGAAUUGGGCUAUCGGGAUGUCUUUCUUCUUAGCAAUGGUCUAGCGAUGCUUGUCCUUGGCACCUUUCUAGCUCAUGUGCACUUGAAUAUAGAUUCACGAGCUCAAGAUUAUAGCAGAUAUAUUGAGUUUGUUCCAUUGGGACUGAUCUUUGUUCUUUUUAUACUUCUGUUCUGCCCCUUUAACAUAAUGUACCGAUCAAGUCGGUUCUUCCUCAUUAAAACUGUUAUCCAUUGUGUCUGUGCACCUCUCUACAAGGUCACUCUUCCAGACUUUUUUCUGGCAGACCAAUUUACAAGCCAGGUAGAAGCAAUAAGGACUUUGGAGUACUAUGUCUGCUACUAUGGAUGGAAAGAUCCCAAAGAGAGACAAAACAAAUGUCACGGUCACAACAUCUAUGAUGUGUUCUAUUUCAUCCUUGCAUUUUUCCCGUACUGGUUUCGAUUCCUCCAGUGCAUUCGCCGGCUGUUUGAGGAGAACGACAUUGCACAUUUGUAUAAUGGUUUGAGAUACUUCUUGACAAUCGUGGCAGUAGCUAUUAGAACAGCUUUUGAACUGAAAGGGAGCUUGAGUUGGAAAGUCUUUGCCAUACUAAUGUCAGUUCUUGCAACCAUAAUGAACACGUAUUGGGAUAUCGUUGUCGACUGGGGUCUCCUGCGAAGGAAAUCAAGGAACACGCUUCUUCGAAAUAAACUCGUUGUUUCUCAUGCGAGUGUAUAUUUUACAGCUAUGGUCUUGGACGUUGCCCUCAGAUUUGCCUGGCUGCAGCUUGUGCUAAAAUUUAAUGUUGCUUCUUUGCGCGGGAAUAGAAUAUCAAGCAUAUUUUCCUGCCUCGAAAUUCUUCGUCGUGGCAUGUGGAACUUUUUCAGGUUGGAGAAUGAACACCUAAACAAUGUGGGCAAGUAUCGCGCAUUCAAGUCAGUGCCCCUUCCAUUUAGUUACCAUGACGGUGGGGAUGGAGACAAGGACGAAUAACAUAUUCACGAUGUUUUUCAAGAAAAAAAAGAAUGAACGAAAAUUUUCUCGAAGCGCAUAACAAGUGAUCAUAAGUCAAGUUCUCCAUUGACAAAUUGUUGACAUGAGGGAGGUAUAUAUGUAAAUAGAAGUGCAAGAGUAUGUUCAAUUUUGUGAGCAAAAUUACCAAAUGUAAAAUACAAAUAAACGGAGAUAAAAUAGAAAAGCUCAAUAAUUUGAGUGAAAACUU